AACCAAUUCUUGGUUCAAUAUUGAACCGUUCUAUUUUGUUUGAUUUUUAAACAUUAGUACUAAUAUUUUCAUAUAUUUAUCUAACAUGCCUCGUCAAUUUAGGUGUGCUUAUACAAUUCAAAAAGCUAAGCUAAUUCCAAAGCAAAAAGCCAUUCAUGGAAGCAGAAGAAAUCUUGAAGCUCUUUGAUACUUGUUGGUUUGGCCUUCAAAAUUUAAAGAAACAUCAAAGUUCUUCAACAUCAAAAGGUUCUCAUCAAAGUAAAGAAGAAUCAUCCAAAGAAUCAAAGCUUUCUCGAAUCCGAACCAUUCACACAAGGUCCAUGAGUGACCAAUUAAACAACAUGACAACUUUCAAACAUGAUUCUCUUUCUCCAAAAUCUGUCCUUUUUGAAACAAAGCUUCAAACAAUCCCCUCAGGCAAAGAUGUCACAGACUACAUAGAAGCUGAAAACGAAGCACAGUUGCAGCUUCAAAUUUUGCCUAAGAAGAACAUCGUAAGAAAUAGAAGGAGGAAAACGGAAAGCAAGAGUUUAUCAGACCUUGAGUUCGAGGAGGUAAAAGGGUUCAUGGAUCUUGGUUUUGUUUUCUCAGAGGAAGAUAAAGAUUCAAGCUUGGUUACAAUCAUACCUGGGUUGCAAAGACUAGGAAAGAAUGAUGAGGAUUGUUCUGAUGAAUCUGUAAUUCAAAGACCUUACCUUUCUGAAGCAUGGGAGGUUCGGGAGAGGAGAAAGAAAGAGAAGCCAUUGAUGAAUUGGAAAAUUCCUGCCCCAACUAAUGAUGUUGAUAUGAAGUAUAGUCUCAUGUGUUGGGCUCAUACUGUUGCUUCCACUGUAAAAUGAUCAAGUUUGUGAUUCAAUUUUUUUUUCUUGUAUCUUUUGAAGUUUAAUUUGAGAGUUUGGAGGAGAGAAUGGGAGGUUUUUGAAGGUGGAGAAUUAAAAAAAAAAGAAUAGUAAUCAUUAAAAAAUAUUACACUCAAUUUUGUUGUUAUAAUUUGAAGUUCACAAUUUCACCUCGUUA